AUGAACCAGUCAAUAGCGACACUGAUCAAGCUCAAAUUGUUCCAUGGAGGUCAUCCGCAUAAUGUGGAUGUCGUGGACGAAGAGACUGGUGAAAAGAAGGAGAGAAAGCAUAAAAGUAAGCAUGGAAGACGCAAUGUCUCCUCACCAGUACGUAUGAGUCGUACCUCUCAUGAAUUACAUAGAUUAAAUUCUAUUGGUGAAGAAGUCAAAGCUACUCCUUCUUCAGGGGACUCUUCGGGAGAAGACAUACAAGAGAAUAAGCCUUCUCAUGGUAAGAGGCAGAGUAAACUGCGAUCGCUGAAGAAUAAAAUUACUCUAUCUGAUUUGACCUUCAAAUCACCUUCGUCAUCGCCUCAGAGACCUUUACCUACAGUGAGUGCCCGUACUACACAGGUACGAAGUGUUACUACUCCUUUGGAACUUCCAUCGCAUCCGAGCUCGAAGUCUUCACUUGAUUAUCAGAGAAAUUCCCAAGAAGUGCGAACUGUCAAUCGCCCGCCUUCCAAUGCAGAGUCUGUAGGCUCUGUGCCUUCCGUCAAGGUUUUCAGUUCACAAGUAAAGAAUGGUAAUUUGAAUUCUACCUCCACUGCAUCUUCAGUUCGCUUUUCAAAGGCAAACAGUAGGUCUAAUGUCACAUUUCCUGUGAAUCAGUUAAGCAAAUCAGAAACGACAACAUCAUUUUGUCAUGCAAGAAGCGGUUCCGUUGAAGUUAAAAGCACUAAGGUAAGAUCAACACCCAUCGGACGCAGAAGAAGUCGAACAGUAGAUGCCUCUGAUUACAUUCAAACAGGCAAACAAAGCCCUCAAGCCGCAUCGGGGAGCAAUGACUUGAUUUCAUCAAUCAGCACGCAUCUGAGAAGAUCUCGCAGUAAUUCUCUCGCUAGCCGAUCGCCGAUAAUGAGAUCGCAGAACAGUUCACACCUCCAAUUCUCAAGUAUCACCGCAGCUCAAGGUACCGCAUUACCAACACCUCCAAGAUUGUCAGCAGGAAGCAUUCCAUUCCCGGUUCCACAGAAUGCUGGUCAACCGCCCAUCUCAAGAAGAAGUAGUUCUAUCGCCAAUGCCUUUAGCAGUCUAGUGAAUCUACGAUCUUCAAGUGCAUCAUCAAUGAAGGGUACAUCUAGUAAAACUAUCACACCAAAAUUUGAUACAACUCUUAGGGACCUACCAACUCCUCCAGAACCAUUACAAAGUGAAUCAGAGAAGGAAUUUUUAGUAAGAUUAGCGCCAUUUGGGAAAUUCAUCGCAGUUAUUCUCUGUGAAAAGAAUGAUCCAUUUAAACUCCAAUGCAUGAAAUCUUACCUUACCAACUAUUUUGAUUUCGAUUACGACCCACUAGAUAUCUCCAUGCGUAAGCUAUUGAUGUUUCUUGAGUUACCGAAAGAAAGUCAACAGAUAGAUAGACUACUCACGAUAUUUGCGGCAGUAUAUUACGAAUCACAAGAGGCAGUUGAAGAAAUCUGUCCAUGGACAAAUGAAAAUCAGGUUUAUUUCGCAUCGUUUUCAUUACUGAUGUUGCAUACCGACUAUUUCAAUCAUCACAACAGAUACAAGAUGACCAAGUCGGAAUUUAUAGAACUGGUUCACGAUGAUACUGAAUCAGAUGGGUAUAAGAUACCGAAACCUAUCCUUGCGUAUUACUACGAUAAUACGGUUGCUAAGGAAUCGCCUAAAUUUGAUUUUAGCUCAGCUCACCAAUCUUUGAGUACCUCUGACGCAAGCGUUCAGGACUCCACGCCCAGUACCCAGACAUUGUCAGUAUAUUCACCCAUAGACAUCAUACAAGCCUCUGAAUCAAUCUUGUAUGACGAUCACAUUCCGGUUUCGACAGGUUUCCAUGGUCGCGUUUCUUCAAACUCGUACUCUUCAUAUUUCCCACAUAUACCGACAUCAACUUCGAGCAGUAGUGCGUCUGUCAUACAGGAUGACAUUGAUGUUUAUUCCCAUAUCCUUGAGGAUUCAUUAGCAGAAAUAGAUAUGACACCAGAGGUUGAGAAAUUUUGGGACGAUAAUUGUCUCCUUCGCACUUUGACUCACGACAGGAACAAGUAUAGCAAGUACUUCUCGAUUCUGAAGGAAGUAAAAGGAGGUUACAUAAAGGUUCACAAGAGUGAUUUAUCAAGAAUCGCACUAACCAACUUCGAAAUUUUAAACGAGACGGACGAUGACUAUAGGUACCUGAAGAUUGUCCAAAUGGGUGAGAUUUACGAGUUAACGAUUAACAAGAAAUUUUCUAUUGUUGGAGCAGUGAACAAAAUAUGCUGGAAAAGGGAGUACGCAAUUCUCACUUCAUGCGGUUUACUUGUAUUUGACAACAUGGACUGGAUCAACCCUACACUUGUCAGCGAUGUACAGUCAAAUACUUCCAACUACAUCAUAGAAUACAAGCCGGGCGCAUCUAUGAUACCAGCAUCUCCAAUCAAUUGCAAUGGCCUAUUUGCCAUCCGGAAGGAGGAAGAGGUGACCAGGUCAGGAUGCCAUCAAUUCCAAAUAUUAGACGAGGAUGAUAAUCAACCUGACCUUGGGGGCACUGCUACCGAUAACAUUUUAUAUUUGCAUGGGUCUCAAAAAGUCUUUGCCUGGAAGUGCGCCAACCAGUACGAACGGGAGAACUGGAUCGAUUCCAUCAAUCUAAUGGCGGCUUUCGACAACUGCUUUUAUGAUCAAGGUUGCCUGCUGAACAGCAUUGUAGCAAUGAGAAAGGUAUCAAUGGAGGAAAGAACCAUUAGAUUGGAGACUGCAAUGAAAGAGAAAGCUCGGAAACUUCGAGAGUUACAAGGAUUGUUGCCAUUUUACCGCCAGGCUAUGCCGCUUUGCUCUAAGACGAGAAGCGAGUUGAGGGGUCAUAUCAAACAGCUGGCUGUGAAGAUGGAUUGGCUGGUUUAUGAGAUAAAACGCAAUGAAGUUUAUUUGGCUAUUAUCCAGAAGGUGAAGGAACAUUUUAAAAGGUUCUUGAGUCAGCGGUCUGAGGACGAUAAGCUGGUGUCAAGAAACAUCACAAGCCCGAUUAACGAGAGUUUUAUCUUCAACGAAGAGUUAUAUCCUGCAUACUUAGCGGAAGACAGUUUUGCAUCCAAAGAAAGCCUAACGCUCGACAACACUAAAUUCUUCUCUAAAGAAUACGGCCAAAUCUCGGAUCAAUACGCUUAA